CUAUACCCUUUUACCGUUUUAUCUCUUAUUGAUAUAUAAUAUAUAUAUAUAUAUUUAUAUAUUACUGUAUGGAUAUCAAGUCAUAUGAUAACGAAAGAACCUCCAACGAUAGUUAUACCCGGAAAAAAGGCGGACUAAGUCUAUCAAUGACACCAACCCAACAGGAUAUUGAUAUUGUACGUUAUAGUUGGGAACGUGUAAUCGACCUUCAACAUGAUCAAGAUAACACCUCAACUGUAUCACCAGCACAAGCCUUUGGACUCGCUUUUUAUGACGCCUUAUUUGAACUGGAUCCCGAAACUAGAUCUCUUUUUGGUAGUAACGUACUUAUUCAAGCCAAGAUGCUCACUGGUGUGAUUGGUUACAUUACUCGAGCUCCCAUGAUAACUGCUAUUGAUAGUCAAUCACCUACAUCACCGCGAGUCAAGAUGAAUACUAUUAGGGAAAUCAAUGCAAGAAAAAGGGAACAAGAACAACAAAGAAAAACAACAACUACAACAACGAAAGAAGAGGAAGUAGUAGUAGAAGAGGAUAUCGACCCUGAAUGGUUGGCUAUUCAAUUACAGGAAUUAGGGGCAAGACAUCAUUUUUAUAACGUGAAACCAGAACAAUUCCAAUUGAUCGGUCCAGCUAUCGACAUUGCUUUAAGGAAACGGUUACGGAAUGAAUAUACCAAAGAUAUUGGCAAAGCAUGGAUUAAAACACACGCUUAUGUGGCUCAUCAUAUGACACAAGGUAUCUUAUCUGAACAACAACGGCAACAACAACUAUUAGAUAGGAAAAAGUCAACCUCAUCAACUAUAUCAUCAUCCUUAUUACAACGAUCAUCAUCAACAUCUUCCUCAUCUUCUUCAUCCAAUUGUUGUAUUCAGUAGUUUUUUUUUUUAUAUAUCCUCAUCAUCAUCCUUUAUAGUACAUUUUAUUCAUAUAUACUUCAUCAAAUAAAAUUGUCUUUAUUAUUAUUA